UUCAUACGUCAAAUCAAUGUUUUGCGAAAAGAUAAAAACAAACUUUUGUUGUUACAAAAUAUGAAAUUUUUAAAUUAAAAUGUCCGAUGUACCGAUUAAACGUUACCGCCGCGAAAAGUCUUCCGAAUCUGAAGAAGAUGUGGAUAAUUACGAACCUUAUAUACCAGUCAAGGAACGGAAAAAGCAGAAAUUGUUAAAGUUAGGUCGUCUUGGCCAAGUUGCUGCUGAAGCGGCCGCUGAAACCAAGAGUUCCAGUGAUAACGAUCCAGAUGAUGAAGCCUCACAAGAAGAAUGGGGACGUCGAUACAAUGUAUCGCUAUUGGAUCAACACAGCGAGCUUAAACGGAUAGCAGAAGCCAGAGCCCUAUCAGCCGCUGAGAGGCAGGCUAAGGAAGAAGAACAUAUAUUAAAAAGCGUUGCUCAAAGUAAAGCACUUAUGGGAGUGGCUGAAUUGGCGAAAGGAAUCCAAUAUUCGGAACCGAUUAAAACCUCUUGGCGCCCGCCACGCGUUGUCCUGGAUCUACCUGAAUCUCGACACGAGCAGGUUCGUCAGGAGCUGCGGAUCUUGGUCGAGGGUGAAGAUGUACCACCUCCGAUUAAAACGUUCCAACAUAUGAAGUUUCCAAAAGGUAUCCUCCGAGGUCUAGAAGCAAAAGGUAUUAAGAGUCCAACUCCCAUCCAAGUUCAGGGUAUACCAGCUGUGCUCAGCGGCAGGGACAUGAUAGGCAUAGCCUUCACCGGCUCUGGGAAGACCCUAGUAUUCACCUUGCCCAUAAUCAUGUUUUGUAUUGAACAAGAAGUCAAGAUGCCGUUUAUACGAAACGAAGGUCCAUAUGGUCUGAUAAUUUGUCCAUCGAGGGAGCUGGCGAAACAGACCCACGAUAUCAUACUACACUUCGUGAAACACCUGAAGAUGACUGGCAGUCCCGAAAUUAGGAGCUGUUUAGCUAUAGGAGGUGUAGCGGUGUCAGAAUGUAUGGAAGUGGUUCAAAGGGGGGUUCACAUCAUGGUAGCGACCCCGGGUCGACUCAUGGAUAUGUUAGAUAAGAAAAUGAUAAGGCUGAACGUGUGUCGCUAUCUUUGUAUGGAUGAAGCUGAUAGGAUGAUAGACAUGGGCUUCGAGGAAGACGUCCGAACGAUAUUCUCUUACUUCGCUAGUCAGCGACAGACUCUCCUGUUCAGCGCGACCAUGCCUAGGAAAAUACAGAACUUCGCGAGGUCGGCGCUGGUGAAGCCGGUGACGGUGAACGUGGGUCGCGCGGGGGCGGCGUCGCUGAGCGUCCGCCAGGAGCUGGAGCCCGUGAAGGCGGAGGCGCGCACCGUGCACCUGCUGCACUGUCUGCAGAAGACUCCCCCGCCCGUGCUCGUGUUCGCCGAGCGCAAGCAGCACGUCGACGCUAUACACGAGUACCUGCUGCUCAAGGGUGUGGAAGCUGUGGCCAUUCAUGGUGGUAAGGAUCAAGAGGAGAGAUCGCGUGCCGUGGAAGCGUUUAGGAAAGGGGAGAAGGACGUCCUCGUGGCUACGGACGUCGCCAGCAAAGGACUGGACUUCGAGAACAUCCAGCACGUGAUCAACUACGACAUGCCGGAGGACAUCGAGAAUUACGUGCAUCGCAUCGGUCGUACCGGACGAGCCGGGGGUGGGGGAGUCGCCACCACGCUCCUGGGCAGAGCCGCCGACACCAGUGUACUGCGGGACCUGGCUCACUUGCUCACUGAAGCCGGCCAGCGAGUGCCGUCAUUCCUCCUAGACAUGAUCGGCGAGCCAGACGUGCCGAUGGCAGACGGUCAGGGCUGUUCCUACUGCGGUGGACUCGGACACAGGAUUACUGAAUGUCCAAAACUUGAAGCUGUCCAAAACAAGCAGGCGUCGAACAUUGGCAGACGAGACUACUUGGCGAACACCGCGGCGGAUUAUUAGAUUUUAUAUAAUAGUUAUAUAAAUAAAUGAUAAACACAAA